AAGUACUAAAUAUUUUGCUAUACUGUGUGUGAUAAAACAACAAGUUCAACAGUUGGGCAGCUUAAAUCACUUAAAUUAUUCGUUAUUACGUAAACACAAAAUUGGUCGCACUGAAAGGAAACCCUACUUGAAAAAUAAGCAGUCAUUUUCACGAUGCAACCCGUUCAUCGCAAAAAAUGGACUUGCCCAAAAUAGUUGUUUUGGAAGUAAAAUUCCGAGAAAAGUAAUCGAGCGCUUUAGCCUACUUCACUGUAAAGAAGCGACUCGAGUUAAAGAAAAGAUUUCACUUCUCUUGCUUGGUUUUGUUGAACAUUUACAACACGUUAGUUGCACUUUGUUGAAAACUCCGACACAGUUCUUAUUCUGGUGAUUUCAUAUGCACAGCACCACGUGAGUUGAACAAAUCCUAAAUCAAGUCACUUGACAGAGCUCAUGGCCCUUGUAUGGCGGAAACUGUUGUCCACUCUAAACACACAGCCACUUAACUCGUCACUGUUUCUUUAUGGACACCCAUUAGUUCGGUGCUGCUCCAGCUAUGUCUCUCAGAUGCGCUACCUAACUGUUCUGAAAGAGGAUGAUGAUGCCUGCAGUAAAGCACAGGCCUCUGGGAAAUUCUUACUGUUCCAUAAUCUGGCACCACUGCUUCAGAAGGAGGGACAUGAAGGAUAUUCUGCACCUUUGUUUGCGGCUGCAGAUGUUAAAGGAAUUUUGGGAAAGCUGGGCCAGAGUGACAAUAUUUUGGAGACAUCGGUGUUGAUUGGAUAUUCACAGGACAGUGAGACUCAGUUUGCUCUGGACCUUGGGAUAUUGGAGAUGAAUGACUUGGACCACCAUUUCUGUGGAACCUUUGUUGAACUAAGGAAAGCAUUCUUUCUUUUGAGGAGACAGGAUAUCCCUCUAGUGUUUCGGAGCCAAGCCCUGCUUCGAUGGCACCAAACACAUCAAUACUGUAGCCAAAGUGGCAAGCCAACAGAGCGCAACCGGGCAGGUAGCCAGAGAAUCUGCAAGUCCAAUGGAAAUAUCUAUUAUCCACAGAUGGCUCCAGUUGUAAUCAGCCUUGUUUCAGAUGGAACUCGCUGCCUUCUAGCACGACAGAAGUCAUUUCCCAAAGGGUUGUAUAGCGCUCUUGCCGGAUUCUGUGAUAUUGGUGAGACUGUAGAGGAGACAGUACGAAGAGAGGUGGCAGAAGAAGUUGGGUUGGAGAUUGAAUCUCUUUGGUACACUGGAUCCCAGCACUGGCCCUUUCCAAACAGCUCUCUGAUGAUUGCGUGCCAUGCAUCCGUUAGUGCAGAAAAAUCACAGAUCACGAUUAAUGAUCAGGAGCUGGAAGAUGCACGUUGGUUUACUGCUGAUGAGAUCAAAAGAGCCCUUGAACGAAAAAAACUUCCUCGUGAACAAGAAGCUGGAGUCAUACCAAUUUGGGUGCCACCACGUACAGCCAUUGCCAAUCAGCUUAUCCAAGAAUGGAUCAAUAAACAGUCCAAAUAGUCCUGUACUGAUGAUGAUGCUUGUCAGCUCAUGUAGUUCAUCAGAAAUGUGGAAAACAGUGCAUGUUAGAGGUGCUCAAAAAAUUUGGGAAGCCACAAAUGAGAAAAAGGUUUCCCUGUAGAACAAAGUAAGCUUUUUAAAUCAUUUUGUCUUCCAGGUGUUUUGAAAUAAUCAAGAUAUUGUACUGUAAAAUAGUUUUGAUUAUUUAAAAUGUAUGAAUGUAGAGGAGUGGAUUUUAUUUGAAACGGAGAAUAUGGUUACUCCAUAAAUGACAUACCAAUAUGUGAUAGAUGAUUAUAUUAAAUGAUAAUACAUAUUAAAAUAAAUAACAUUUAGGGCUUUGUGUAUGAUAUAUGCCCUCAUUUUAACAAAAAUGCCUGUGUUAAUACACCAGAUUAUUUUGUAUUCACCUCUUUGUAUAAAAAGGCAUAUUUUCCUUUACUUUGCUCCUCACAGAAAACUUUCAACAUCCAAAGUUAUUUUGUGUACGUUUUCAUUGCACUGUGACCUUUUCCUAUUGUUAUAAUAUUUGUGCAUACAUUUAUUCAUUCUGAAACUUGCUUUAUAUAGUGUAUGACCACAGUGGACAGCAAUAACCGCAAACCAGAAAGUGGGCUCACUUACAUGCAUACUUGCACUCAAAUAAUUUGGAAUCUCCAGUUAACCUAACUUGCAUGCUUUUGGGGACAUGAAAGGAAAACCACAGUACCCAGAAUACACCCUCACAGAAAUUUGGAGAACUUGAAUACACGACACGGACAGCAACUAGAUAUGGGAGCUGAAGCCAAGACACUGAACCAUGAGGCAGCAGCACCACCAACCACUGUGCCAUGGUGCUGCCAAUCCCAGCCAACACAGGGCGCAAGGCAGGAGCAAACCCCGGGCAGGGCACCAGCCCACCGCAGGGCAAACACACACACACACCCACAAUUUAGGAUCACCAAUUCACUUAACCUGCAUGUCUUUGGACUGUGGGAGGAAACCCACGCAGACACAGGGGAGAACAUGCAAACUCCACGCAGGGAGGACCCGGGAUUUCAACAAUUAACAAUUAUAUUGUGCUAAUUAUCAUAUGGUUGUGUUGCCUGGAUGGGAAAGAAGUAUUCUGCUUUAUCCUACCUCAUGUAAAAAGUCAGUACAGUAGUCUUGCAUAUUGAAAACAGUUUUAUUAGUAUAUUGAUUCAAUAUGAUUUUUAGAGCAUUUUUAUGUAAUUUUGGACAUGAGCAUUUUUGUGGAUAAUUAAAUUAUUACGGAGGCAUAAGAACAGGGUUUAAGUACAAGCCAUGGGAAUAUGAUGAGCCCAGUAAAGGUAAACCUUUCCUUAGCACAGUUAUUGAUCUAUAAAUACAGGAUAAUUUAAAGAAUAAAAAAGUUUUGUCUGCCAUGGGGGGCUAAGCUCAGAUUCAGUUUUCACAAUGAAUGUGAAACAAUUAAUUGCUUGAUGAACAUGUUAUUUUUAUACAGUGAGCAGGUAAAUAUAUAUAUCACAUACAGUAUGUAUUUUCCUUGUUACUGGUCUCUGCAAAUUUCUUUAAUGAAAUAAAAUGUAAAAAUACAUUAUAACUUUAAGAAUGCUGCAGUGAUCUCUGGAGAUAAAAGCAGUGCUCCUAAAAAAUGUCUUGUUGGAAUGUUUGUCGUGUUGCAGUAAAUGGAAAUGGAAAAAUGUCAGUUUUUUAUUAUCAAUCACAAAAUGUUAUAAGAUAGUAGCAGGCAACAUAAUUUUUUACAUAAAAGUAUUCUUUACAGUAUAAGGAAAUAAAAGAAUGCUAUAUGACACAAGGGUCUUUUGUGUUUAU